AUGGAGGGCGCCGAGCCCCGCGCGCGGCCCGAGCGCCUGGCCGAGGCCGACGGCGGGCGCCUGGUGGAGGUGCAGCUGAGCGGCGGCGCCCCGUGGGGCUUCACCCUGAAGGGCGGCCGCGAGCACGGCGAGCCGCUGGUCAUCACCAAGAUUGAAGAAGGAAGUAAAGCUGCGGCGGUGGACAAGUUACUGGCUGGAGACGAGAUCGUUGGCAUCAACGACAUUGGUCUCUCAGGGUUUAGACAGGAAGCGAUUUGCCUGGUGAAGGGGUCCCAUAAGACCUUGAAGCUGGUAGUAAAAAGGAGGAAUGAGCUGAGCUGGAGGCCUCACUCCUGGCACGCCACCAAGUUCUCCGAGAGCCACCCCGAGACAUCAGCAUCUCAGUUCUGCACCAGCGUCUACCCUUCUUGGCACGGCCGACACCACGCGAGUUCUUCCUCCCAUGACCUGUCAGGUACAUGGGAGCAGACGACUCUGCAGCGCACCUCUGACCAUUUCAGCUCCCUGGGCAGUGUCGACAGCCUGGACCACCCUUGCCAGCCCUACUCCUCUGGACGCCUCUCGGCCGCCAAGUCCAACAGCAGCAUCGACCACCUGGGCGGCCCAAACCAGCGCGACUCGGCUUAUGGCUCGUUCUCCACCAGCUCCAGCACGCCUGACCACACCUUGCCCAAGGCCGAUGCCUCCUCCACAGAGAACAUCCUCUACAAAGUGGGCCUGUGGGAGGCCUCCAAGCCGGGCAGCAGCCGGCAGGGCCAGGCCGCCGGUGACCCUCAGGGCCUAGAGGACAGGCUCGGGUAUUUCCCACCCAGGGUCCUCUGUGACACCAGCAAAAGCCCCAGGCCAGAUGAUAGUCCUGAGCCCAAGGUGGCCUCCUCUGGGAGGUCCAGUUUUGGGCCGGUCUGGUAUGUUCCCGAUAAGAAAAAAGCACCUUCUUCCCCUCCCCCACCACCUCCCCCUCUCCGCAGUGAUAGCUUCGCUGCCACCAAGAGCCACGAGAAGGCCCAGGGCCCCCCAUUCUCAGAGGUGGCUGACACGCAGCACUUUCCAGGCCUGACCUGGGCUCAGCCCCGCAGCGACUGGAGGCCAGAACCUGGCGACCAGCAGCGAAGGCUGGCACAUCCCACCGACGGGAGGAGACCUGGGGGGUCAGUCUGGGCCCCGGAUGCACCCUGCGAAUGGCCGGCCUCUGACCAUGAGGCCCCCAGCCGGCUCCAAGCCUCUCUGUCCAGCACAGAUGUGCGUUGCCCACAGCCUUCCUAUGGGUACCAGCACCUUCGCCAGUACAGCGACGAGAGUCCCUUCUUGUACGAGGGCCCCAGCGCCACCACGUCGCCGAGGAAGCAGCUCCACGUGGCCCUCACUGGGGGCUUCCAGGACGACAGCCCCACUCAGGUCAGGUGGCCCAGCGCUGCCGACCAGAAGGGGGACAGCAGUGGGCAGAGCCGCUUCUGCGCCCCCAUGAGGCAAUGCCUUCAGGGGGGCACCAGGGCCGUGCCGCUACGGGGGGCCGGUUGGCAUCCCGCCACACAGCCACUGGGCCCCAAGCCCCGGGGCGGCCUGUCUCUGCUUGAGGGGUCCCGGGGCGCCCCUGGGAGGGCAAGCGGGGACCCGGAGGGCCGCUCCCCAGGAGUCAUGGAGAGAGCUGGCCUGAAGAAGGCAAUGACCGGCCUCCCGUGGGCUGAUGGAGAAAGCAGCAAGAUCUCCCCUCGGCAGACCCCCAUGCUGCACUUACUGGCCCAGGAGGGCACCCGCCGGCCCGAGGACAGCCAGGAGGGUGACCCGGAGAGGCCGCCACCCCUCGAUGCCCAGGGGGGCAAACCCACGCGGAGAAGUGACCGGUUUGCCACCACCCUGAGGAACGAGAUCCAGAUGCGGCGAGCCAAGCUGCAGAAAAGCAAAAGCACGGUGACUCUGGCUGGCACCAGCGAGGGUGAGGAAGAGGCCGCGGGUGCCGGCCCAGAAGGUUCUUUCCCAGGCACCUAUAAAGACCACCUGCAGGAGGCCCAAGCCCGGGUCCUGAGGGCCACGUCGUUUAAGCGCCGCGACUUGGACCCCAGCCCAGCUGACCACUACACAGGGUUACCGGACCACAGCACGGACCCCAACCCUGUCCCCCGCUCCUGGGAGGUGAGCCUGGCCAAGCCGCCGUCAUCUGCAGGUGGCAUGCCACAUGUUCCCCGCAUAGGGGGCCGGAGACGGUUCACGGUAGAGCAGAAACUGAAAUCGUACUCAGAACCAGAGAAGAUGCAUGAGGUGGGGCUCUCCGGGGAUCACCGCCCACCCCAGCACCCCGGCACAUCCCAGGAGACCAUGGGCACCUUUGCCGACAGGUGGAAGUUUUUUGAGGAGACGAGCAGGCCUGUUCAGCAGAGGCCUGGGCAGAGGCAAGCGCUCUGUGGGCUCUCGAAAGAGAAGCUGGAGAGGCCGUGGACGGGAGGCCACGUAUGCGAGGAUGCGGAGCCUUGCUUCCAGAAGAGGGCCCACACGACCUCCUUUGGAGAAAACGCCGACGGUCACAGGACAGCGGGGAAGCUGGGGAAGUCAGAACCGCCUCAGAGACUUGGAACCUUCGCAGAGUAUCAGGCCUCUUGGAGGGAACAGAGGAAUGCCCUGGAAGCCAGGAGUUCAGGGAGGUAUCACUCAGCGGACGACAUUCUGGAUGCAGGUCUGGACCAGCAUGAGAGGCCACAGUACAUUCACGAAAGGUCCCGGUCAUCACCGUCCACAGACCUCUACAAACAGGAAGCUUCCGUUGAACCACGACGACAAGCAGAGGACCCUGGUGAGCACAAAGAACUUUCCCCCACGGUCAGGGCCGAGGAGGGACGUCUUACCCCGAGAACUCACCAGCACCAGAAUUCAGAGGAAAGGCUGCUGAAGCAGGAAGACAGAAGCAUGGAUAGUGACGGAGCGGUAGCUGAAAAGUCUAUCUACUUUAGAUUUUUUUCAAACCUAGCGCUUGGAGCAUAUCCUUGGAAACACACAUUCUCCUUACAAGCAGAUGCCCAGUGUCGAGAAGACAGUCCAGGAGACCAGCGGAACCUGUCCCAGGUCUCUGAGCUGCCUCACGUCCCGGGAGCUCCAGAGGCGCCCUGCGAGGGCCGCGGCCGCGCGGGGACCCUCCCUCGCGAUUACAGAUACUCGGAGGACAAGGCGCCUGCGACCCCGCCGCCGCUGCUUGGCCCAGGCCCCCCGGCUCCGGCGCAGGCCCUGCGGCCCGUGAGCGCCAGGAGACCGGGCCCGCAGAGGCCACUCAGGGGCCCCACCGGCCCUGCUGCCGGUCCCCGCAGCCGGCCCCGCCCCCUGGCGUCCCCCGUGGCCCUGGAGGUGUGUGUGGCCCGCCUGUCCCUCUCCUGCAGCCCCUCUGCCUCGGCGGAGGAGCCAAGCAGUGCCCAGCCCGCAGACGGCCCGAAGGCCGCCGCUGAGCACGACAGGCAGGAUGUAGACGAGCACGCAGCCUGUCCCUUCCCAUCCCAGUGCCGGCCCCUGCCACCCGCAGCCAUGGACACCUCUCGCUCCCCUUCGCCUCAGUUCGCGCCCCAGAAGCUGACGGACAAGCCUCCCCUGCUCAUCCAGGACGAGAAUUCCACAAGAAUCGAGCGGGUGAUUGACAACAACACCACGGUGAAGAUGGUGCCCAUCAAGAUCGUGCACUCGGAAAGCCAGCCAGAGAAAGAGAGCCGCCAGGGCCUGGCCCGCGCCACCGAGCUGCCCGAGCUGCCCAGCGGGCUGGAGAGAGACCAGAUCAAGACGCUGAGCACGUCCGAGCAGUGCUACUCCCGCUUCUGCGUGUACAGCCGCCAGGGCGCCGAGGCUGAGCCCCAGCCCCCCGGCGCCCUGGCGCCCGCCGCCAAGGGCAGCCAGGCCUCCCCUCCUGGGCUCAGCUACGUGAAGGCCAAAGAGAGGACGGCCGAAGACCUGAAGUCGGAGGAGCUGGCCCGAGAGAUUGUGGGGAAGGAUAAGUCCCUGGCCGAUAUCCUGGACCCCGGUGUGAAGAUCAAAACCGCCAUGGACCUGAUGGAGGGGAUCUUCCCCAAAGACGAGCACCUCUUGGAAGAAGCUCAGCAGCGGAGGAAGCUGCUCCCCAAAAUCUCCUCUCCUAGAACUGCGGAGGAGAAGAAGGAGGAGCCAAGUGUGCCGGCGGCUGUGUCCCUGGCCACCAAUUCCACCUACUACAGCACGUCGGCCCCCAAGGCAGAGCUGCUGAUUAAGAUGAAGGACCUUCGGGAACAGCAGGAGUCUGAAGAGUCCUCAGGAAGCGACUUGGACCACGACCUUUCGGUGAAGAAGGUAGGAAAGCCAAAUCCCGAACGAGAACGUGCCAGGCGGCGGGCAGUGCACUUCUCCACACCCAGCGUGGGCCCCGCAUCACUUGUCUGUGGGCAUUUGUGCUUGGCUUUAUGCAGGACAGUGACCUUUGGGGCAAUGUUAGUAAGCUCUUUGUGGUUAAGUGUUCUUUUCUAAAAUUGGGCCUUUCCACCAGAGUCUCUCUGCCAUUUUGUAAUGAGAUCCAAUGUCAAUUAAGUGAGCACCAUUCUCUUUCAUUUUAAGUUCAACUGAUAUGUCUCUCUGCCCCAGUUAAAAAGCAGGGGACUUAAGUGUGUGACCUUCAACAAGUCAUAUGUCCUCUUAGAAUAUCAAGUU